AUGCUGUACGCCGACAACGACAAGCUUGUCUUCCGGUUUGACGACCACCUCCUCUGGAUCGAACCCUGGGGUGAAAAUGCAUUCCGUGUGCGAGCGACCAAGCUGGCCACCAUGCCCACCGAGGGCUGGGCUCUGGAAUCCAAGCCAGACAGUUCGUCUGUCACGAUCAAAACACCCGCCGGGGAAGAUGCAAGCAUCUCCAAUGGCAAGAUUCGGGCGACGGUCUCCCAGCGUGGCAAGGUGAUCAUCUACGACCACACGGGCAAAAAGCUCCUCGAGGAAUAUGCCCGACACCGACAAGACCCUCACGAUCCCAAAUGCAGUGCUCUCCGGAUCGAGGCGCGCGAGCUACGGCCUAUUCUCGGCGGUGACUAUCAUCUCACGCUACGACUUGAGUCUCUCGAUCCCAAGGAGAAGAUCUUUGGGAUGGGACAGUAUCAGCAGCCAUAUCUCAAUCUCAAAGGCGCGGAUUUAGAGCUAGCUCAUCGAAAUUCGCAGGCUAGCGUACCUUUUGCGGUGUCUUCGCGCGGAUAUGGCUUUCUUUGGAAUAACCCCGGCAUUGGGCGAGCCACCCUAGGCAUUAACGUGAUGAGCUUCGAGGCAUAUUCGACUCGUGCGCUAGAUUACUGGGUUGUAGCGGGUGACUCGCCUGCAGAUAUUGAAGAGGCCUAUGCUAAAGUGACUGGAUACGUUCCAAUGAUGCCCGAGUAUGGCCUCGGGUUCUGGCAGUGUAAGCUCCGAUAUUGGAAUCAGGAGCAGUUACUCAAUGUAGCCAGAGAGUAUCGACGGCGCGAAGUUCCGCUUGAUCUUAUCGUUAUUGAUUUCUUCCAUUGGAAACAUCAAGGAGAGUGGAGUUUCGAUCCUGAGUUCUGGCCUGAUCCAGACGCCAUGAUCAAAGAGCUGAAGGAGCUCAAGGUAGAACUCAUGGUCUCCAUCUGGCCGACGGUCGAGAACGCCUCAGAGAACUUCCCUGAAAUGCUCGAACGUGGACUCUUGAUCCGACAUGACCGUGGCCUAAGAGUCGCGAUGCAAUGCGACGGCGACAUCACUCAUUUCGACGCAACCAACCCCGAAGCCCGGCAAUUUGUCUGGAACAAGGCGAAGAAAAACUACUACGACCGCGGAAUCAAGGUAUUCUGGCUCGAUGAGGCUGAACCCGAGUACUCGAUCUAUGACUUUGAUAUCUUCCGCUACCAUGCUGGUAGUAACCUACAGAUAGGCAAUAUCUACCCAAAGGAAUAUGCACGCGGGUUCUACGAAGGGAUGCAAGCCGAGGGUCAGACGAAUAUUGUCAACUUGCUUCGCUGUGCGUGGGCGGGUAGCCAGAAAUAUGGCGCGCUCGUCUGGAGCGGAGAUAUUGCAUCCUCGUGGGACUCGUUCCGAAAUCAACUUGCCGCAGGGUUGAACAUGGGUAUUGCCGGUAUCCCUUGGUGGACCACCGAUAUUGGUGGAUUCCACGGCGGUAAUCCGGACGACCCAGCUUUCCGUGAGUUGUUCACUCGUUGGUUCCAAUGGGGAACCUUCUGCCCUGUGAUGCGGCUGCAUGGAGAUCGAGAACCCAAGCCCGAGGGCCAACCGACCGCCAGCGGCUCGAACAACGAGAUCUGGUCAUAUGGUGAGGAGGUUUAUGAGGUUUGCAAGAAAUUCAUCGGUAUUCGAGAGGAGCUGCGCGAGUAUACGCGGGGCUUGAUGCGAGAAGCGCACGAGAAGGGCACACCGGUGAUGCGAACCUUGUUCUAUGAGUUCCCGCAAGACUCAAAGGCGUGGGAUGUCGAGACGGCGUAUAUGUUUGGCUCUCGAUAUCUGGUGGCCCCCGUCCUGGAUGCUGGUCAGCGCACGCUCAAAGUCUACUUGCCAGCGGGUGCAAUGUGGACGCUCUGGAGCAAGGUGAGUAUUCCCCAAGGGGCCAUCCCGAAGAUCUAUCAGGGUGGGAAGGAGGUGGAAGUGGAUUGUCCGAUUGAGACAAUGCCCGUUUUCUACCGCGUGAAUACCUGA